AACGAAAUCGAACCAACUUUUGGACUGAAGCUCAUAAAAUCGAGUUUAUCUGCAACGUUCAGUCGAGAAACAGCACGAUUCUUUGUGAACAGCGCGCAGUCGAGAGCAGUACGAGCAUUCUUACGUACAAAACGACUGAUUUGUCCUGAUGAAUAUUUUUGGCUCACGCUAGCCGGUAAUCCAAAACAUGUUAAACUACCUGCUAGUUUUGACGCCAAUAAACUGUUGAAUGAUGUCGAGAGGAGGCGAGAAAUGGAUAAAUUGAAAAUGCCGUCAGAUAAUAUAUCCGUCCCUUAUUACAUCUCACGAUAUCAACGAUGGAUUGAUCGAUUCAACGAGAUAGUCUCUGCAAAACCUUGUUAUGGUAACACUGCUCGUAAACACGCACUGCAUUGCACUACAUGCUCUUUAUUUAAGAUGACUCCAAUCAAUCAAAUUAUUUUUGAUUAUUCGCCUAUUAGUGCACUUUUGGUCAAAGUUAACAGUCGAUCUUUGAAGCCAUAUGGUGAUAUCCCUGGCGCAAAAAUUAUGCGGCAUCAAAGUAUCAGUGAAUGGGCGAAUACAGCAAUAUAA